CUGCCAAGUUAAAAGAACAAGGCGAAGCAAUUUCUUGGACUCACAAACAUCCCCAGCUUCAACAGCAGCAGCAGCAACAACAACAACAACAUUUUCUAGAGCUCUGCUAUAUAUUGAUCAAAUGGGUAACCCCAAGUCAAUGUCAAUAUUGGACCGCCCUUCAUUCUUCAAGGUGAUGAUUGGGGAUUUCACAUGCUCAUUGAGAAUCCCACCAGAAUUCAAGAAGCACCUGGGAGAAACAAUCACGCAGAGACCGGUGGUCAUCCGGAGCUCCCAAGGCCGGCGAUGGAGGAUCAAGUUGGGCAUUGUUGGUGGGAAUCUCUACUUUCGCGAUGGAUGGGAGAGGUUCGUCUCUGCGAGCUCCGUUACUGAAGGGGAUUUCUUAGUUUUUUUCUACGAUGGCGACUUCGGGUUUGAUGUGAUUAUUUAUGGGACUACUUGCUGUAGCGAGGAACGUGUCAAUAUUCCUGGUGAGAGAGACAAGAUUGAAGCGGAAUCUGAGGAUUCUGACGAAGAAGAACCUGGGUCUCGGAGAGAAGUUAGGAGGAAGAGAAAGCCGAAAAAGAUGACAAAUAAUAGUAAGUGCUUUUUUAAUUAUUGUUAAGUCAGGGUUUUUUUUUUAAAUGUAAGAUUUUGAUACGUUAGGAAUGAGAAAUGGAAAUGAAUCAUUACUGGUUAUA